GACAUGAGGAGGUAGGCUAGAUUUUAUGCGCAACUAUAAUUCCCUUUGGCAGUCACGUUGAUAGCCGUAAUUUACUGUGAAAAUCGUGUUUUAGGGAGGUAUUCAUACACAUUACUACUUAUAUGCGUAUACAUAUUACUAGACUGAAAACAAAACGGUAUUUUACUGAAGUAGCUCACAUAUGAGUGGUCAAUGGUACAUUCUGUAGUUACUUGAAAUGUUACUUUCAGCAACGUCAGGCGGACCAAACCACCAUUACGACAGACAAAGUGAUGAGCUCAGAAGACUCCAACCCCGCCGCCACACCCACUCCUGGCGUGGACACCCAGGGAGAUGGGCGAUGGAUGUCUUUGCAUAACCACUUUGUGUCUAACAGCAAGGACAAGGAACCUGAUGUCCUGUUUGUAGGAGACUCUCUUGUCCAGCUCUUGUACCAGUUUGAGGUGUGGCGAGACCUGUUUUCUCCUCUCCACGCUCUCAACUUUGGGGUGGGAGGUGAUGCAACACAGCAUGUCUUGUGGAGAUUGAGCAAUGGAGAGUUGGGCCACAUCAGCCCAAAGGUUGUGGUGCUGUGGGUGGGCACCAAUAAUCAUGGUCACACUGCAGAACAGAUCUGUGGAGGCAUCAUGGCCAUAGUCCAACUCAUCAAGGACAAGCUGCCGAAGGCUUACACUCUUGUGCUGGGAGUGCUGCCCAGGGGUAAGAUGCCCAACUCCCUACGGGAGAGGAAUGCCCAGGUCAACAAGCUGGUCCAGGAGGCUGUGUCCUCUCUCCCCCACGCCUCCCUCCUCAACGUGGACCCUGGCUUUGUGCACUCGGACGGCAGCAUCUCCCACCAGGACCUGUAUGACUACCUCCACCUCACCCCCCAGGGCUACCAGGCUGUGUGCCAGCCGCUACAUGCCCACCUCAAGGGCCUGCUGGAGAAACAGGCUGAAAACUGAAGGCCAAAGACCAACUGAUGGCCAAUGACCCACUCACUACAUCAGAGGUACAAACCCUGGUCCUGGAGAGCCACAUGAGUACAGGCUUUUAGCACAUUCACUACACUUUUUAUUUAGUAUUUUAGUACAGCCUUUUGUUCCAUCCCAUGAUUUCAAAUAAUGAUGUAGUCCUUGAUUAGUUGAAUCAUGUUGAAUGCUGGGCUGGAAGAAAAGCCUUCUCUUGAAAGGCUUUCCAGAACCAACGUUGGUAACCACUGCACUACUCUAUAUUGGGACUAUAUUGUAACUUACCACCAAAAUGGCUGAGUAGAGGACCAUUAAGCACUAAUAGGAUCAAACAUCUGUGUUGCUAGUCAGAUUUGACCGCUUAUCAGCAACUGAUUUGAUUGAGCUGAUUUGAGAGAUUAUCCUUCUCUUUAGUUUCAUGCUGUAUGGUGGAUAUGAUGAACAAUAUGCCAGGAUCUCUCUCCUCUGGCUGAUAGAUACAUUAUAAGAGCUUCCCCACAGAAAGGUUAGGAGAAUCUGAAAAGCUACCAUACUAAAGGUUUUUGUUUCCUCUGUCAAAAUACCCACAUUUCCUGUCUUUUUCUCUUAACUUUGAAAACAUAAACAGUCCUAUUGAUCUGAUUGGUUAUUAAUAGUAUCAUUUAAAAUCCCUUUAAUGGUGUCAUGUGUUUAGACAGAGACCAUUUAUGUUGACAAUGCAACAAGGUGUCACUUGGCCAGUUGGCUCCACUGUUAAAGCAUUUUGUUUCCGGUAUCUGUUUACCACCAUAACUUUUUUUGUUUCUUGUGAAGAUUUCCCCGGAAUAUGUCUUAUUUUGGCUGUGCAAAUAUGGAGAAUGAAAGGGAAGGGUAUGGUAUAUUUGGAGUGAAUGAUGAGGGAAUUUCAAUGUAGCGCUGAGACUGGUGGGUAUUUGGCUUGGCUAUGAUAUGAUACUACAGUUGGUGUGUAUGGAUGUGUUGUAGCUAGCUUAUACUCUUUAUUCAAAGGCAGUCACCACACGAGACCCAAGACUCCCUAUAAAAGGCUGCUUUGACUGUUUGUGUAUACUGCCUGUGUAGUCUCCUACCUGCCUCUGUAUCUUGAAUGUUGAUUGUGGAAAAUCUGAAUAUGUGAUGUCAAAAUGCAAUGCAUUAAAACCAAUGAAAGCUUA